GAAAAACGUCCCGCAGCAAUUUAUCUCUGCCAAAAAGUCCCUCACCGGUGACGCGCACGCCUUUCUGCGACGCACAACCCCGGAGCGAGAUAACAUCAAUUUACGCAAAUUACACUAAUUGAACAUUGGGGCAGAAGCGCACCGAGGACUGAAGGAGGUUUCAGCAGUGUUGAGUUGAGUGAGGACCACAAUGCAACAGGCCUGUGAAGGGAAGAUAACAACUAGCUCCCAGCUACACACGACACAAGACCCUUCGACCACACUGAGAAUGACACUCGGAGAAUAGAAUCCGGACUCUAUUCUUCAGCUGCAGAGCCUCCAGGCAAACUACCAAAUCAGCAUUAACAGUGAAACCAAGGCAGCCAUGAAACUGUUCAGGAAGAAUACCAUGACCUCUAAGAAGGAGAAGGAGAAAGAGAUCCAGUAUGACGAGCCUCCAGAUGGAGGUUGGGGCUGGAUGGUGGUGCUGCAUUGCUUCCUGGUUAACGUACUAGUGAUGGGAACACUGAAGAGCUUUGGGAUCUUCUUUGUGGCAUUCCAAGAUGAGUUUGGAGGCUCGUCGGAGAGCAUCAGCUGGAUCGGCUCCAUCAUGUCCAGUCUGCGUCUGUCUGGAGCACCCAUUGCCUCGGUGGCCUGUGCCAAGGUCGGAGCCAGGGUGACCUCCAUCGUCGGGGCCGUGCUGGUUAGUGGAGGCUUCGUCAUUAGUAUUUUCGCCAACAGUGUGGUGUUCCUCUACAUCAGCAUGGGAGUAAUAGUUGGAAUUGGUUUUUCACUACUAUACCAAGCCUUCUCGGUGGUCACAGCGAUGUACUUCAGAAAGAGAUUAGCAACAGCAUAUGCGAUCGGGCGUUCUGGGAUGGGUUUGACCUUUGCCCUUGCUCCGUUCACUCAGCUGCUCCUGGACAAGUAUGCUUGGCAAGGCGCUAUGCUGAUUCUUGGCGGCCUCAUGCUGAAUCUGGUGGCCUCUGGGAUGCUUCUGCGACCCAUCAACGUGAAGCCUCCCGGGUCAAACCCUCCCAUUCAAAAGAGCCCCGCUGUUUCCAUCAAGAGUUCCUCAGAGAAGGAACACUCUAAGAGCUGCUUGAAUGGCUCCUCUCACUUGUCCAAUGGCAUCUCCAAAGCAGACUCAUUCCCAUCCCCUCCGCCUCCCCCUCACGCGGACACUGAGACCCAGGGGGGCCAAUGUACUCAGAGACUCCAGGACCAGUCAGGGAACCCUGAACUGACCAGACUGGUCCUCAAUGGUGUGAACGGCCAUGAACCUCACCACGACUUGGGUCAGUGUAAACCCACAACUCCAGACAGCUCAACGGAGGUCAAUGGCAGCAUGAAUGGGUCCACCAUUGUUGGAAUUCCCUCGCAUGUCAGCACACCGACUGAGGUGACCGUCAUAAAAGCCAAAGUACUGGAUUUCUCCCUGCUAAAGGACCCAUUCUUUUGUAUCUACACUUGGUCCUUGGUCUUCAGCCAGCUGGCCUACUUCAUCCCCUAUUUCCACCUGUCUGCCCGAGCCAGAACCCUGGGCAUCGACGCCAUGGACGCUUCCUUUAUCAUCUCUGUGGCAGGUAUCACAGAGACCAUCGCCCAGCUGGCCUCGGGCUGGGUGGCAGACAGGAACCUGUUCCAUAAAUACCACUACCACAAGGCUUACCUGAUCCUCUGUGGUGUGGUCAACCUGCUCUCCCCACUGGCCACCUCCUACAUCCUGCUGAUGGUCUACGCCAUCUUCUUUGCAAUCUUCUGUGGUGGAUACAUGGCGCUGCUGCUGCCCGUUCUAGUAGAUCUCGUCGGGUCGGACAAACUCAACAAUUCCAUGGGCUUCUCCAUGUUCUUUGUUGGCCUGGGUUGCCUCACAGGACCCCCUUUGGCAGGCUUCCUGUACGACUACACUCAGACUUACGACUGUUCUUUCUACCUGGCUGGGCUCUGCUAUCUGCUCUCCUCGCUCUCUUUGUUCAUGGAGCCGCUGGCUCAGCGCUGGAAGGCCAGGAACAAGCUGACCUGGACCAAGAGAGCGGAAAGCAGCUGUAAGACCAACGGCUGCUUCACCCCCGACCGCCUGCAGAAUGGUGCUGUGUAGGAAUGAAACCCAGGGAAGGCCUUCGAUCUUGAACCAGCAUGCUCAUAAAUUGCCUUGGGCCCACAUACCUUGGACCUUGGACUCCAGCUUAAAGUCGGGACCCCAGUGACCCUUAAUUUCAGCAGGAGCGUACAGCAGGCCGAGGAGUUACAUGUCUGAGCACAUGCAGUAGACGGGACGUUGGUGAAUAGAUGAUUAUGUUGAACUUUUAAAGAGCCAAAAUUUUAGUGUUCUCCAAAAUAUUUUACUCCCUAUUCUUAUUACCAGACGUACAUGCAUCCAAACUGAAGAUUAUCUCCCACAUACAGCACAUUUUAAUAUCAGCUGUUUGCAACAAUAACUUAUUAAAACACAAUAUAAACCUGUUUUCCAAUGCAACAACAAAACUGCACUUACUUUGCAGUAUAUUUGCAUUGCACACAGUACUGCUGGAAACUAAGCUAUGCAGUUGAGCUUGAAAUCAGCAUUUAUCGAAGCACAUAUCCAUGAAAUAUUUUUCACUACAAUUCUUUGGAAGCCUUUACCUGUAUCUGUAAGCCUGUAUCACUGGUAUGCACUUUGGGCCAAAUUGUGAUUAUGCUGCAUGACAUCUUUUCUGACCUUUUUAACUGCCAGAUAUCUACUAUACUCAGCAACCAAUAAAUUGCAGCCUGCUUAUAUGACCUGCUCUUAAAAGCCAAAAAGCAGCGGCUGCUCCAGUAGAAUAAUCUCAAGCCCCAAUAAAUUUAUUGUAGGCACAGGAGUAGAUUGUAUAGCAUGAGCUAGCAUUUAGAUGUAUUAUCAUAUUCUCGUAUUUAUAUCUUUAUUAAUAAUAUUCUGGAUGCUUUAUUGUCUACUUCAGCAUACUUUGACAUGGACUCACCAUUCAAACUUCAAAAUGUUGUCGUCAUCCAGUUGUUUAGCUGUUUUCAGCACUCACACGAGCUGCUUUCAUCUCCUAAACUUAAACUGAGAGUUCAAACGCUUCAACUGUCAUUUGAUAUGCUACAAAUGACAGUUCAAAUGCUUUCAUCUCCCUAACGGAUGAUUCAAAGACUUUCAGCGUUUGCACGUAAGCUGAUAUUUCAGUUGCUUUCGUGCCUCAGACAUAAACAGAAAUUUCAGUUCACGUCCGCUGCCUUCAGCUUUUACUCUUCAAUUUAACUACAUUCAACACAAUACACAUAUAAUCACCAACAGCGAAUAAAAAGGUGAAGGUUGAAAAGUUUUCAUCCAUAACUCUUCAACUGAUUUCAGCGGCCUCUCUAACACUUCAACUGACUACUAAGCUCCUUCCAGUGCUUACACUUCAACUAACACUACUAAUUUAAUCACAUUUUAACCUGUUUACAUGUUUGCACCUGCAGUUCAAGUGUAAACAAGCACACUACUUUUUAUUCCUUUCUUUCUUUGUUUUGUUUUUAAUCGAAACCUCAGUAGUGACUUUUAACAAAUGCUACAAAACACAACAAACUAGAAACUGCCUCUCUCGUUUUGUGGGUCAGUUAUGAUUCAUGUCAGCACCUGCAGAUAACAUAACCGUCACACCUGGCUCCUCGUUUGUGAGCUGUUCUAUGCAAAUGCGCACAGACAGAGAUAUUUCUUUUAAUCGACAGCUCACUCGCGUAUUAUUUUAACUUCAGCAAAGAUACCAGCGCCUGAAAGGAGAAGCCCGUUUGGCCGAGAUCAAUGUUUCCAAAAUGUAUCGAUCACAGUUGGACAGCUGAUUGCAGGUUGUUGUUUUUUUCAUGUAAUUGUGUGUGAUUAAUUUUGUCAGCCUUGUAAGUCUGUAAAUCUCUGACCGACUUGUGCCACAAAGAUGUUUUGCUGUUGUUGCCCAUAUUAACUGGACUGAUAGGAAACUGUUGCCCAGCCUUUACAGUGCCUGCAG